AUGAAUUUGUGUCCGUUCGCGAGGGCGUCGAUGGCGAAGACGUUCGCGAUCGAGGUCGUGCGCGGCGACGGCGGCGGCGGCGGCUACGGGGACGUCCUCGCGCGAGAGACGCGGCGACUGGCGGCGUGCGCGCGAGACGAGAGCGCGACGACGCUCAUCGUGUUUGAAAACGGAUGGAACGAUGACUGGGAAGGAUUCAUGCGCGGACCGGUGCGCGAGGCGGAGGACGCGUGCGAGGCGACGACGGGCGGCGAGACGGUGACCGUCGUGCCGUUUCAUCCGCUCGCCGCGUUCGACGGCGAGAGCGAGGCGUCGAAUUACACGUCGAGGAGUCCGUUUCCGACGGUACACUUGCUCCGCGCGUGCGACAUCGAAAGGGCGGAAGACACGUGGUAUCGCCUGGAGGAACGCGAGGACAUUCGCGAGCGCAACGCCGAGUAUUUAGAGGCGUUGGGGGUACGCGAGUUGAGAAGGCUUUGGGCGCGCAUCGUCGCGAACGACGCGCCGACGUAG